AUUACUAAUCGAUCUGUGAUGAUGAUCAUCUUGUACAAGCUGGUUUCUUUUUUCUUUUCUUUUUUUUUUUGGAAUUUGAAGGAAAAUAAUUUUGAUUCUGUAAAUUGUGUGAUCUGGGUCUGAAGAGUUGUUUUUGUGAUUGAUCAUUGGUGGUGAUGUUAUUAUUGUAAACCCUGUUCUGGGUCAUUAAGGAUGAUGAGAGUUUGAUUUUCAAGUAAUUGUUAUUGGUUUUUGUUAGUGUCUCUGACUUUUUGCUCCUUAUAUUGAGUUUGCGUGAACAGAUGUUUUUCCUCUCUUAUGGUAAUUCCUUCCUUUUUGGGUUCUUUUUGGGGUUGGAAUAUCCAUUCAUAGACGAUUGGUAUUCUUCUUAACAAUGCUUUGCCUUCUGCUCUGACUCAUUUUUCACCAUCAUCUUCCUUAUUUUGUUUUCCAUUUCCUUAACUUGUUUUGUUUCGGAGUUUCUUGCUGCUCUUUUACUUGGCUUUGUUUUUUCUUUUCUUAAGCUCAAAUGGUAGUGAUCGAGUGCCUUAUUUGGGUUGUUUUUGGUUAACUGAUCUAAUCUUUGAUCGUGGUUUGGAAUAACUUAUUUGGGUUAAAAACUAAGUUCUUAAAAAACUAUAAGCUUGAAACGUCAAAGCAUCCAUUCAAGAGUGGAAGUUUGUUGAACAAUCCUGUUAAUCUAUAGCCAUCUAGACUCAUCUCCUGCCAAGUUUGGGCACUGCAAAGCCUUUGGCAGUGCCCAUGGAUGCCACCACAAGCGAAACGGCAGCCCUACAGUUCCAUAGCAUUCCUGAUCAAUCAGUUUCUACUAUUGUCACCAGUGCAACAUCCACAUUUCCACAAUCGAAACGACAUUGCUUUGGGGAAUCUGACCCAGGUGAAUUCCCCUUAGCCGCCAAUCCCUCCAUUGUUCUUCAUGUCUUGACUGCAUGUAACUUGGAUCCUCAAGACCUUGCAAAGUUAGAGGCAACAUGUUCAUUCUUUAGACAGCCUGCAAACUUUGCUCCUGACUAUGAAUUGUCGAUUUCGGAGCUUGCUGCAUUAGAUAUGUGCCGAAAGAGAGCCAUAUUCAAACCUAUGACACCAGAACAGCAUGAAGCAAUGAAGCAAAGAUGUGGUGGUUCCUGGAAACUGGUAUUGAGGUUUUUAGUGGCUGGAGAAUCAUGUUGCCGAAGGGAAAAAUCCAUGGCAAUUGCAGGACCCGGCCACAGCAUUGCGGUCACUUCCAAAGGAGCUGUUUACUCUUUUGGAUCUAACAGCUCUGGACAGCUUGGACAUGGUACAACUGAAGAGCAAUCACCCCCUCGCCUUAUCAGAUCCCUGCAAGGAAUUCGAAUAAUUCAAGCAGCAGCAGGGGGCGGGAGGACAAUGUUAAUCAGCGACGCCGGCCAUGUUUAUGCAUUUGGCAAGGAUUCAUUUGGUGAAGCUGAGUAUGGAGCUCAAGGAGCUCAAGUUGUUACUACACCAAAGUUGGUUGAAUCCCUGAAGGAUAUAUUCGUGGUGCAAGCUGCAAUUGGAAAUUUCUUUACUGCUGUAUUAUCAAGAGAAGGUACCGUGUACACAUUUUCUUGGGGGACUGACAGUAGGCUCGGUCAUCAUACCGAACCAAACGACUUGGAACCACGACCCCUGAAAGGAGCAUUAGAAAACAUUCCAGUUGUUCAAAUUGCUGCUGGAUAUUGCUACCUUCUUGCUCUAGCUUGUCAUCCUAGUGGCAUGUCAGUAUACUCAGUUGGCUGUGGACUGGGUGGGAAGCUCGGUCAUGGUUCAAGGACCGAUGAGAAACACCCACGACUUAUUGAACAAUUUCAGCUUCUGAAUCUCCAGCCAGUCGUGGUUGCUGCUGGUGCUUGGCAUGCAGCUGUUGUAGGUCGUGACGGUCGGGUUUGUACCUGGGGUUGGGGGCGAUAUGGGUGCCUAGGUCAUGGAAAUGAGGAUUGUGAAUCUUCCCCUAAGGUGGUGGAAGCAUUAAUCAAUGUUAAAGCCGUUCAUGUUGCCACAGGAGAUUAUACAACAUUCGUAGUAUCUGACGAUGGUGACGUGUAUUCUUUCGGUUGUGGAGAAUCAGCUAGUCUCGGGCAUAACGUCGUUCUUCCUGAAGAAGAGGGGAAUCGGCAACCGCACGUUUUAAAACCAGAACUAGUCAGAUCCCUGAAGCAAAUUAGCGAGCGAGUAGUACAGAUUAGUCUCACUAAUUCAAUUUACUGGAAUGCACACACCUUUGCAUUGACAGAGUCGGGGAAGUUGUAUGCAUUUGGUGCUGGAGACAAAGGGCAGCUGGGAGUUGAACUUGCAAAUCAAACCGAAAGGGGAAAUCCAGAGCUAGUUGACAUUGAUCUAAAUUAACCAAAAAGAAAGAAAUUCAAUAACUUUCUCUAUGCUAAUGGUUAUGGCAUUGCAUUUUAAUCACUAGAUUUGGCAAAUGAAAUUAUUAAUUUGUAAAUAGGAAGAAGAAAAAAACCAAGAAAAAGAAAAUUGUGAAUUGUUUUAUGGUUGUUGAUAUUUGGAUGGUAAAUGGAUGGGGCAGUUCCUUUUGUAGGUUUUCAA